GGAAUGAGAUUGGCUCUACCACCCCCCACACCAAGAACCUUUGUAAACAUGCGGCAGGCAGCAGGGAGGAUGUUUGCGGAAUGCAGUCAGUGUCUGCAGGCGUGUAAUCCGCUUCUUGCAUUGGGCAAUGGUUGCUCGCCUUUCCUUUCCUCUCUCUCCCUCUCCCACAAACCUGCCGCAAUGGAUUUGAUUUUCAUUUUGAAAACCUGCACAAUUCGCACAGUUCGCGCCGACUAAUCCCACAGCCAGAAUUCGCCCCGCUUGCACAUUGGUUCGAUACUCUGAUGGUCACCAGGAAGACAGCGGACAAUCCGCAGCUGUGCACUGUCAAUCCCGUAUCUCACCGGCACCAUUCCGGAUGAAGCCGUCUUCAGAACAAAGUUUCGUGGAGCCGCUAAUGAUGUCAAACUAUAAACGUGCAACUUUAGAAGAUGAUGAUGCCACAGAUGCCCCUGCAGAGGGAACUGCUUCACCAGAAAGCAUCGAGGUUGGGUUUAGAAAAGGCAAGUCGCUUUCCCUGGGGCCAAUUGGAACGAGAACACAAUUGGAACUCACCUUGUUAGUUGUCCUCCUGGUUGUGGUCAUGACCUUGAUUGGUUGUAUUAUUACUCUGGUAAUAAAAAAUACUCAAGACCCUUCAAGUAAAUAUUGUCUGACGGAAACGUGCAUUAUGGUGGCUGCUAAAAUAACAGAAUCUCUGGACCGUACAGUAGACCCUUGUUCUGAUUUUUAUCAAUAUGCCUGUGGUGGAUGGAUAAAGAAGAACCCAUUGCCGGAUGGAAGAUCACGUUGGAAUACCUUUAAUAGCUUGUGGGACCAGAACCAGGCGGUCAUGAAGCACUUAUUAGAAAAUUCCACUUUUAACUCAAGCAGUGAGGCAGAGCGGAAAUCACAACACUAUUAUCUGUCCUGCUUGAAUGAGCAAAGGAUCGAAGAGCUGGGAGCGCAACCUCUGAUUGACCUUAUUAACAAGACAGGAGGCUGGAAUAUCACAGGUCCUUGGGAUAAAGACAACUUCAUUGAAGUACUGAAAAUAGUUUCGGGAACAUACAGGACAAGUCCUUUUUUCACAAUCGACAUUGGUACAGACUCCAAAAGUUCGAAUAGCAAUGUCAUCGAGAUCGAUCAGCCAAGCUUACUAUUACCAUCUCGUGAUUAUUAUCUAAAUAAAACAGCAAAUGAAAAGGUUUUAACUGCGUAUCUGGACUAUAUGAUUGAACUAAGUAUGCUUCUCGGAGGGGAGUACAAUUCAACAUACACUCAGAUACAGCAAUUAUUGGAAUUUGAAACAAUUAUUGCAAAUAUCACAGGACCCCAGGAUGAACGAAGAGAUGAAGAGAAAAUAUAUCACAGGAUGACCAUUGCAGAUUUACAGAAUCUAUCACCUUUCAUUGACUGGUUGGAUUAUUUAUCAUUUGCACUGGCACCUCUGGAGCUCAAUGACACGGAACCUGUUGUUGUCUAUGCCAAAAAUUAUCUGCAGCUGAUGUCUGACCUUAUUAAUAAUACCGACAAGAGCAUUUUGAACAAUUACAUGAUGUGGAAUUUAGUGCACAAAACAGCAUCCACCUUGGACCAGCGGUUUGAAAAUGCAAAUAAAAAAUUUAUGGAGACUCUGCUUGGAACAAAGAAGUCCUGCACUCCUCGAUGGCAGACCUGCAUUGGAAACACAGACGACACUCUAGGAUUUGCCUUGGGAGCUUUGUUUGUAAAGUUUACAUUUGACAAAGAUAGCAAAGUAAUAGCAGAAGAAAUGAUAAAUGAAAUUCGAACAGCAUUUAAAGAGGGCCUGGAAAAGCUUUCCUGGAUGGAUGAUAAGACCUGCCAAGCAGCUGUGGAAAAGGCUGAUGCCAUUUAUGACAUGAUUGGUUUUCCACACUUCAUUUUAGAUGCCAGAGAAUUGGAUGAAGUCUAUGAUGGCUAUGAAGUAUCAGAGGAUUCAUUCUUUCAAAAUAUGUUGAAUUUCUACAACUUUUCAGCCAGGAUUAUGGCCGAUCAACUUCGGAAAACACCAAACCGAGACCAGUGGAGCAUGACACCUCCGACUGUUAAUGCGUAUUAUGUGCCUACAAAAAAUGAGAUUGUCUUUCCAGCGGGUAUUUUGCAAGCCCCGUUCUAUGCCAGAAGUAGCCCAAAGUCUCUGAACUUUGGUGGCAUUGGUGUGGUGAUGGGCCAUGAAUUAACACAUGCCUUUGAUGACCAAGGCAGGGAACAUGAUAAAGAUGGCAAUUUACGACCAUGGUGGCAAAACUCUUCACUUGAAACUUUUAAGAACAAAACUGAAUGUAUGGUCAACCAAUACAACGAGUACACUGUAAAUGGAGAGCAUGUCAAUGGGAAGCAAACCUUGGGUGAAAAUAUUGCUGACAGUGGAGGCCUCAAAGCUGCAUAUCAUGCUUACAAAACUUGGGUGAAACGGAAUGGAGAAGAAAACAUCCUGCCUGCUGUUGGACUGACCAACCAUCAACUAUUUUUUGUAGGAUUUGCGCAAGUAUGGUGCUCAGUGCGUACCCCGGAGAGUGCGCAUGAGGGGCUCAUUACUGAUCCACACAGCCCAGAAAGAAUUCGGGUUAUUGGAACAUUAUCAAAUUCUAAAGACUUUGGUGAACAUUUCAAUUGUCCCUUGGGAACGCCAAUGAAUCCUGGAAAGCAGUGUGAGGUGUGGUAGUUGCAGUUGGAACUGAUGGAACUUUACACUGGAUAAUCUGUACAAAAAAUUGGAAAAAAUAUGCUGAAAUACUGAUCCAAGGGGAAAUCAUGAUAAACGAAGACAUACUAUAUAUUGUGCACUUUUUAAACUAAAAUGUUAAGAUUAUUAAAUGUUAUAAACA